GAUGUACGAAGUUAGAGCAACAUCAGAUUCUUUCCGAGUGACCAAGAAUGCAAGAAUAUACGCCAUAUCGUCGUGUCCACUAACCGAAAAGAGGAUAUGUUUAAUUGUUAGCGAUGGUCGAAUUUUGAUAUGGCAAUUGCAUACAGUAGAUGAUAUAGAUGAGAAAUUCUCACCGAAAUUUUCUCUAAGCGACAUAAUUAAGCCAGAAUAUACUGACCAAGAUAAUAAACGACUCAAGUUUAUUAUGACUGGUAUGAUGAAUGGCUUGGGUAAUAAUUUGACAAUCAAGAUGUGUCCCCCAUUAACAACUAAGAAUUUGCAAGACUAUCUUCCUCUAUUGGCAGUGGGAAAUGGUUAUGGUAAUGUUCAAAUAUACGAUCUAUCUAACGGAUCGCUCAAAAGAGAAUUUAGCGUUCAUUCGUGCCAAGUAAGAGGUAUUGAAUGGUUGGGCUUGAAAAAGUUUAUAUCGUUUGCUUAUCCAAGUUUGGGAUACAAUGGACAAGUGAGAAAUGAAAUAGUUAUUUGUGAUAUAUCGAGUGGGAGGAGUCAUUUCUUUCGUCCAAAUCGGGAUGAAGAAGCGCCCAUUGAAGGACUGAGAGUGUCCCACUUCAAGCAAUAUGUUACCAUACUAUUCAAAGAGAGACCUUUUGAGUUAUGGGACUUGAAAACAGAAACGUUAUUAAGGCAAAUGCCCUCCUCCUUCCCAAAACUUUUUGCGGUGGAAUGGUCUCCUAAUCCCGCUAGUAGGCUUAAGAAAAAGCAUCCUUUGGAAGUAGAGCCAACAGGUGAACCUAGCAUGUCAGACAGUGUCACCUCGAUAAAGUCCUCUGAUGCAGAAAUUUGUUCAAAGGAAUGCCUGUUCCUUUCCGAUACUGAAGGAGGUGUUUACCAACUAAUAAUUGAGGGGAACAUAUUAAAAGAAGGACCAAAAAUUGCUCUCGAUAAUUCUGUGAAUGCCAUUACAAGUAUAGCUCGAAAAGGAGAUAUAAUGCUUUUAGGUGAUACCGAAGGAAAUUUAUGUGUCACAGAUUUGAAAAAUCGAGUAAAUAGAGUUUGUCCCACAAAUAAAAACUGGGUUAAGAAAACAAAAUUUGGACCUGGAAAGGGUAACAUGAAAUUCUUAUCACUAUUUAAUGACUCGGUUGACAUUCGAGACGCUGGACCUUUGUCUAAAUUGGAUCCUAUUAGUGUCCUAAAAUGCCCAAAGGACGUUUCAAAAAUAACGGACGUUGAUUGGGCUGCAUCUGAUAGACCGGUAAUAGUUUGUCAGGACGGAACUAUUAAAAUUUUCGACAUGAACUUGAAAACAUGCUCCAGUUCUUUCGAUGAGUUCAUAUUAGCAGAACCAAUAUUUAGUCCUUAUAUUAUAUCGCCGAAGCAUUCUCUUGCUGCUAAAAGCUUGUUACAGCAUCAAUCCUGGAGAGAAGAGUACUCUUUCAAUCUUGAAUGCGAAACGGAAAUUCAACCUUCGGUGCUCGAGGCUCUCAAGGCUAUUGAUGACGACAUAAAAUCAUAUAUGAUUAAUUGCAAAUUUGGUAUUGCCGAACGAGCCUUAAUAACUUCAACAUUAUUUGGUGAUGAGUUUGACUUUGCUUUUUGGACUGUUGCACUUCAUUACCUUAGACGAUCGGUUAUCUUUGAAAAGCAAAAAACCGAAUCCCCUCCGAAUGAUCCAGAAGAUAAAGAUCUUUUCGUACCGACGCCGAGUCGUGUAGUACAGACUACUGAUCUUUUAAAAUUAGAAGAUGACAAUCAGGGAUCUAUUCUAGUAGAUGAAAUCGCCGAUGAAAGUCUCGAAUCCUCUUUUGAUAUUUUAGCCGAUCGACUCACUUUUAAGAAAAGAGAGCUAGCAAGAGCAUUUUUACACGAUCAAAAACGGACAACUGCUGACCACACUAGAACAUGCGCCGAAAGUUUGCUAUUGUUGGGCCAAGCUGAGAGAGCUGUUCAAUUAUUCCUUGAAACUGAUGCUGGAGAUGACAAUUACUAUGUAGAUUGUUUAAGGGCUUGUUUAGUAGCCAGUAUCAGAUCGUCUGGUGCCUCUCAAAGUACUAUAAAAUUAGUAGCUACCAGUUUGAUAGCCAAUGGAAAAUUAAUUGAGGGAGUUCAACUUCUCUGCUUAAUUGAAAAGGGUGUAGACGCUUGCAGAUAUUUACAAACAUACGGACAAUGGUAUAAAGCCGCUUGGCUAGCUAAAUCUACUCUGAGCGAUUCAGAAUGUGAUGACGUAAUUAAAAGAUGGACAGAGCAUUUAUCAUCAAAUACAAUUAAUGAGAAGGUAAAGAAUUUCUUAAAUAAAAAGCAUCUGCCACUUAAUUACUGAAAGGAAUGUUAAUUUUUAUCUUAAAUAGACCAGAGGUCUCCUGUUAAUGCUAUCCUUAGGCAACUUUCAAGCGGUUCUGGAAUCGUUAAUGACACUUCGGUAUUUUGAUACUGCGGCAACGUUUAUUGAAGCGUGCCGACAAUUUGGAUUUUUGACUAGUUCAUCUCCUCUUAUUACAAAAGCAUUUGAAGAAUACAGUAGACAACUCUAUUUGUUAGGACUAAAGGCAGCUUCGAAGCAUUACUCUAAAGAAGAGAUAAAUUGAUAAAAUGAUUGUUAUUUUUUAAUUAUUAUAUAAACUGAACAUUUUAAUUGAUAAUCUUAAAUGAUUCUGCAGUCCUGAAUAUAUAUUUAUAUAUUUGUAGCUUAUUACUAUAUUAGAUGAUUCAUCACUCAUAAUUUUUUUAUCACUUGUUCUUGUUUCCUUAUUUCCACAAGCAGAAUGUGUUCCGUUGUUCAUUCCAACUAAGAGUUAAGUUAUGAAAUAAUUUCAUAAGGAAAAGUGCAUGACAACUCUAUAUAUUUAUUAUCAAGAUUACUGUUAAUAUAUUAUAUGUUCAAAUAUUUUUAGAAUAAAUAUUUCUUAUUGCGAUAAUGUACACUUGGUGAAACAGAUAACAAUAAAACAAUCUACUUCUGUUUAGUGGGACAGAAACUUCAUGGACACCGUACUUAAUUCGGUAUCGUUUUUGUUUUUCAUUUGAAAGAAUUUAUCUGAUUGGCUCUCAAGGUCAUGCAUAUUAAUUUAUAAAUAUUAACGAGC